UGAUCCAUUGUAGGUGUGCCAAGUGUUUCUGUUAUCCUACCAAGCGAAGAAUCAAAAGAAGACCCCGAAACUUAACCAUCUUGAGUCUUCCAGAAGAUGUACUCUUUCAUAUCCUGAAAUGGCUUUCUGUUGGGGAUAUCCUUGCUGUCCGAGCUGUACACUCUCACCUGAAGUACCUGGUGGACAACCAUGCCAGUGUGUGGGCAUCUGCCAGCUUCCAAGAGCUGUGGCCUUCUCCGAAGAACCUGAAGCUCUUUGAAAGGGCUGCUGAAAAGGGAAAUUUUGAAGCUGCUGUGAAGUUGGGAAUCGCCUACCUCUACAAUGAAGGCUUAUCUGUGUCAGAUGAGGCCUGUGCAGAAGUGAAUGGCCUGAAGGCCUCUCGCUUCUUCAGUAUGGCUGAGAAAUUGAAUAUGGGUUCUGAGCCCUUCAUCUGGCUCUUCAUCCGCCCACCAUGGUCAGCAUCUGGAAGCUGCUGCAAGGCCGUGGUCCACGACAGCCUCAGGGCAGAGUGCCAGUUACAGAGAGCUCAUAAAGCUUCUAUACUACACUGCUUGGGAAGAGUGCUAAAUCUUUUUGAGGACGAAGAGAAAAGGAAGCAGGCUCGUGCCCUUUUUGAAGAGUCUGCUCAUCAGGGAUGCUUGGCCAGCUCAUACCUCCUUUGGGAAAGUGACAGAAGGAUGGACAUGUCUGAUCCUGGACGAUGUCUCCACAACUUCCGGAAACUCAGGGACUAUGCUGCCAAGGGCUGCUGGGAAGCACAGCUGGCUUUGGCCAAAGCCUGUGCAGGGGGAAGCCAGCUUGGACUAGAAGGGAAAGCCUGCAAUGAGACAGUCUGCCAGCUCUUCCAGGCUUCCCAGGCUGUCAACAAGCAGCGGGUCUUCUCGGUGCAGAAGGGGCUCAGCGAUACGAUGAGAUACAUUCUAAUUGACUGGUUGGUAGAAGUUGCCACAAUGAAGGACUUCACAAGCCUGUGUCUCCACCUGACGGUGGAGUGUGUAGACCGGUACUUGCAGAGGAGACUGGUACCCCGAUACAAGCUCCAGCUUCUGGGUAUUGCCUGCAUGGUCAUCUGUACUCGGUUCAUCAGCAAAGAGAUUCUGACCAUUAGAGAGGCUGUGUGGCUCACAGACAACACAUACAAGUACGAGGACUUGGUACGAAUGAUGGGAGAGAUCGUCUCUGCACUGGAAGGGAAGAUUCGAGUCCCUACGGUGGUUGAUUAUAAAGAGGUCCUGCUGACACUGGUCCCUGUUGCAUCCAGAACCCAACACCUGUGCAGCUUUCUCUGUGAGCUCUCCCUGCUGCACACCAGCCUGUCCAUCUACGCUCCAGCCCGCCUGGCCUCAGCAGCCCUGCUCCUGGCCAGACUGAUGCAUGGACAGAUACAGCCCUGGACCACUCAUCUGUGGGACAUCACUGGGUUCUCUUACAACGACCUCACGCCCUGCGUCUUGAGCCUUCAUAAAAAGUGUUUCCAUGAUGAUGCACCCAAGGACUACAGACAAGUGUCUCUGACCGCUGUGAAGCAGCGCUUUGAGGAUAAGUGCUAUGACGAGAUCAGCCAGGAAGAGGUGCUGAGCUAUGCAGAAUUGUGCACUGCACUAGGAGUGAAACAGGAGAGCCCAGAGCCCUCAUCUUUCCCGAGCACAGGGGAAAUCCACACCUUCCUCAGCUCACCGUCUGGGAGGAGAAACAAACGGAAGCGGGAGAACAGCCUUCAAGAGGACAGGGGCAGCUUUGUCACCACGCCCACAGCAGAGCUGUCUAGCCAGGAGGAGACACUGCUGGGCAGCCUGCUGGAUUGGAGCCUGGACUGCUGCUCUGGCUAUGAAGGAGACCAGGAGAGUGAAGGAGAGAAGGAGGGUGACGUCACAGCUCCCAGUGGACUCCUUGAUGUCACUGUGGUCUACAUGAACCCAGAACAGCACUGCUGCCAAGAGUCCAGUGAUGAGGAGGCCUGGCCAGAGGACAAGGGCCACCAAGCGGCACAUCCAACCCCAGCUCUCAGGCCCCUUCUCUGCAACAGGGGAGAUCUGGGCAAGGACAUCACGACCUCUGGAUACUCUUCCGUCAGCAGCUUGAGUCCCAUAAGCUCCCUGGAUGGUGGCAUGAGGGGCUCUCCCCGAUCUACCUCAGUGCUGUCUGUGGGCAGCUACUCAAACACAAAGCCUUGCCACCAUCAGGCCAAGAAGUCAUGUUUACAGUGUCGCCCUCCAAAUCCCCCAGAGAGCGGUGUUCACCAGCAACGGGUAAAGCGCCAAAACCUGUCAGUGCACAGUGACGAGGACACGAACUUAGGCUUCCUGAAGCUCUGAGUACGUUAGUGUUGGCCAUGGUGAAAUGUUUACUGUUUACUGGGGAGGUCUGCUGUUUCUCUAGGACAUUGCAGGCAGGUGCUAUAUAGACCCCAGAAGGGGAGUUCAGUGUGAGCCCCUAGAACAUCAGUGAAAGGCUCAGCCUCUUCUGGUCAACAGCCUCACAGCAGUCAUGCCACACCCGUGGAACCCAUCUCUACCCUUCUGUGUCCUGCUGGCUCUGGGAGCAUGAGCCUCUGUGUUGGCAUUCACAGUCACAGGCCAGGAGCUGACAGCUUCCUUGGAAUACUAGUGCCUAACACAGUUAACCCCCUGCUGCAUGUCUUGUUUUAGGUCAGUAGGGAAGUCUCAUCUGAACACAUCACUGUCCCCUUCAACCUAGGAAGCCUGUGUCCCUGCUCAUCAGUGUUGCCUACAGCCUCAUAGUCAGCUGUGAGGACCUUGAAGCUGAGGCUAAAGGUUCCUCUCUCUCUGGCACUUUGAGCUCACUUUCAAAAUCUGUCCUCUCAGAGUGGUUUGUCUGUGUCCCAUUGUAUCCAUGUGGCCAUCUUUCUGCACUGAACUUCUAGGCCAUUAUUCCCCCAUCUUUAUUUCUAGGUUUCUUCUAAUGAAAGGGGGGGAACAUUUGAAAUAGAGGAUAUCAAAUAAAAAGAUAACAGAUUUCCAACAUUGCUGAGCUUCAAAUGAAAAAAGAUCUAGUUGCCUUUGGUGGCUCAUCAUGGCAAUGUCAGCUGCCAGAAGUAUGUGGGGACAUACCAGAAGCCCCAGGUCAGUCUGGGCUGGGCUGUCUGGCCUCAGAAAAAGGAAACUGAUAGCAGCCUCUCGGUUCUAUUCUUGUGUUCUUUCCUUAUGAAAAAUGAACCUUUGUAGAGGAUAGCCAUAAACAAUCAUUUGUAAUAAUGAAAUUAACAAAAACGCUGGAUUCCACCAGAAGAAAGCAGGUCACCAGACUCACCGGGUUCAUGGCUGGAUUCCUCUGGAAGAAGAAAGCAGAUUACCAGCCCUUUUGUGCUGGCCGGAGACUUCGAGAGUCUACUUCGUGUGGAAGGCCUUGGGUCUGAAGCAGCAGGCCUACCACCUGAGGAGUGCUGAAGGCAGAGCAGACACACUGACCCGACAUGUAUAACUUCUGUCUCCUUUAACAGAAUUCUGACCACUCUGGUUAGUACACAUUGGUGUAAGGAGAGCCCAAGCACUUGGAUUGUAGUCCUACACGAUUGUGUUCACCUGGGCACGUGUGAGCAUGUUUCCUCAGCUGUGAGAAGGGACAGUAAUACCUACCUCACAGCAACGUUGUGAGGAUUAAAUGUGAAGAGAUUCAUGACAUGA